UUUAUGAAACAGCAUGUUGGAUAGACUAAUCAUGCUUUCUCAUUCAUGCCAUGCCAAACUGGAAUCUAGCAUAAAUAUGCUCCAGUCUGAUGUGCAAUCAGUAUAGGAUAAAAAUUGUACCACUCAGUUAACAGAACAGUUAUGUAAAUAUGCUAGGCGAUUGAAAUAUAUUACAAUUCUAGUUUCCAGCAGCAGUUAUCAUAUGCCAAAGACUGCAUAUACAUGAAAAAGAUCAAUAUCAAAAACAAAUCUUGUCUCAACAUCCACAAAGAAGCUCUUACAGCCUACCACAACUAAUCACACCACUACCUUAUUGUGUAGUGGAACAGAGAUUAAAGAGAAAGAGACGCGUGGUAUAAAGCAAAUUGAAUUAUAAACACAUACUAUAUAGGGAAAAUGACAUUUGUGACAUGCACAUUUUGAAAUGGUAAUGUGAUUGGGGUUUUUUUUAUCUGGAGUGCUAUUUAGUGCACCCUUCUCCCGGAAGUUACGCAGACAGAACCUCUUUUGUGUUUGUUUUUCCUGACAAACGCUCAAGGCUUCUGUCACUACCGUGUUGACCUCCGCUACUGCAAUACAUCAGACCUCGUUGGCACAUUCAAAAGGUUGAAUACAGAUGGACCAGCAGGCUCAGUCCUAUAUGCUUGCCAGUCUGACGCGGCCCCACUCUGAGCAGUUGCUGCAAGGCCUCCAGCUGUUGCGGCAACAGCGUGAGCUGUGUGACAUUGUGCUGCGGGUGGGCGAUGCCAAGAUCCAUGCCCACAAAGUAGUGCUGGCCAGCAUCAGCCCCUACUUCAAGGCCAUGUUCACAGGCAAUCUAUCAGAGAAGGAGACAUCAGAAGUUGAGUUCCAAUGCAUCGAUGAAACUGCGCUACAGGCCAUUGUGGAAUAUGCCUACACAGGAACAGUUUUCAUUUCGCAAGAAACAGUGGAGUCUCUUCUUCCAGCCGCCAACCUCCUCCAGGUCAAACUGGUGCUAAAAGAGUGCUGCAGCUUCCUUGAGAGCCAGCUUGAUGCUGGGAACUGCAUCGGUAUCUCCCGCUUUGCUGAAAUGUACGGAUGCCACGACCUCUGCCUGGCCGCCACUAAGUUUAUUUGUCAGAACUUUGAGGAGGUUUGUCAGACAGAGGAGUUCUUUGAGCUGACGAGAGAGGAGCUGGAUGAAAUAGUGUCCAAUGACUGCCUGAAUGUGAUCACAGAGGAGACGGUCUUUUAUGCUCUGGAAUCGUGGAUUAAGUAUGAUGUGACAGAGCGACAACAGUACUUGGCUCAGCUACUGCACUGCGUGCGUCUGCCGCUUCUCAGCGUGAAGUUUCUGACCCGCCUGUACGAGGCAAAUCACCUAGUCCGGGAUGACCACGCCUGCAAGCACCUUCUGAAUGAGGCCCUGAAAUACCACUUCAUGCCUGAACACCGGCUAUCUUACCAGACGGUGCUGUCCACCAGACCACGCUGUGCACCCAAGGUCCUUCUUGCAGUUGGGGGCAAGGCUGGACUCUUUGCCACUUUGGAAAGUACGGAGAUGUACUUCCCUCAGACAGACUCAUGGAUUGGGCUGGCCCCGCUCAGCGUGCCCCGCUGUGAGUUUGGAGUAGUUGUGCUGGACCAGAAGGUGUACGUGGUGGGUGGCAUCGCCACACACAUGCGGCAAGGUAUCAGCUACCGGCGCCACGAGAGCACCGUGGAGAAGUGGGACCCAGACAGUAACACCUGGUCCUCAGUGGAACGGAUGGCGGAGUGCAGGAGCACCCUGGGGGUCGUGGUGCUGGCCGGCGAGCUUUAUGCACUCGGGGGCUACGAUGGCCAGUACUACCUCCAGUCAGUGGAGAAGUAUGUGCCUAAACUAAAAGAGUGGCAGCCUGUGGCACCUAUGACCAAAUCGCGCAGUUGCUUUGCCACUGCUGUGCUAGAUGGUAUGAUUUAUGCCAUCGGAGGCUACGGCCCUGCCCAUAUGAACAGCGUGGAACGCUAUGACCCCAGCAAAGAUGCCUGGGAAAUGGUAGCACCCAUGGCCAACAAAAGGAUAAACUUUGGCGUGGGAGUCAUGUUAGGGUUCAUAUUCGUUGUUGGUGGACACAAUGGUGUAUCACAUCUAUCCAGCAUCGAAAGAUAUGACCCCCACCAGAACCAGUGGACAGCAUGUCGACCCAUGAAUGAACCUCGAACAGGGGUCGGCUCUGCUGUAGUAGACAACUACCUCUAUGUGGUGGGUGGUCAUUCGGGGUCUUCAUACCUGAACACAGUACAGCGCUAUGACCCCAUCUCGGACAGCUGGCUGGACUCUAGCGGCAUGAUGUACUGUCGCUGUAACUUUGGCCUCACUGCUCUUUGACCCUUGGGGCACUUGUAGGAUACUCUGGAAGAGAAGAAAGGGUCAAAAAUGGUUUGCAUUUCUUUUGUCUACUCCCCAUUCAUCUUUGGAACUGUGUUCCUCAGAAGUUGCCACAUCCAUGUGGAAAUUUGUCUGAAAAAGCAAGAGGAAGUUGCCAUUAUGGAUCUUGGGGUUUACGGAAGUAGUAGAAGAAGCAGGACAGAAAGAACUUUUCCACAGUGUGAGUAAGCAGAGGGACUCCUGUCUUGCUUGGGGCUCUGGAAAGCACUGGAAAGUUCUGGACAGAGGAUGGCAGGUUUGGUUUUCUUGGGUGGCAUUCUUCUGUGUUAAUGCCAUUUAUUCCCUGAGCACUCUUUUUGUAACCUUAGAUUUAAAGGCUCCUAGCUGCAGGUGCAGCUGGGUUCUUUUACUUUCUGGUCGUCUGUGGGUCUAUGCGUGUCUGUGUAUGCAUGUAAUGGAAAGAAUGAAAUAAUUGUGUACGUGUGUCUGUGUGUGUGUGCGCGCACCGUGAUUAACUCAGGCACAGUGAUUAACUCAUUGGCUGAGUUUAACCUGUCUGCAUCUUAAAAUAGUGCUUCACAAAAAAGUGGGAAAAAAAUUAUUCUCACUUACAAAGGGCUGCCUUUCUUUCUCUUGUACAUACAUUGAGUUAAGAAUAUACAAUAUGUCCUCCAGUGCAUUGCCUGUAAAUGUUAUCGGCACUGGGUAAUGGGUGUGUGCGCUGACUGAACAUAUUCACAUUUCACUGCAGUUUCUUAAGAAUUCUUCCAAGAUCUACACAGCUCACUGUAGUUGUAGAAGUUAUUUUCAUAUUUUUUAUGAAAAUAAUUGUCCUUAAUUCUCUGAUCUCAUAUGUUUGUUCCUCAUCUUUAGUGUUCAGCUUUGAAUGUGACUCUGCAAAUGUUUAGGAUGUGAACAAAAAUACUGGUGCUAAUUACAAUUCAGGAUUUUUUUUGUCAGUGUCUUUUUCAUUUAAGGCGUUCUUUUUUUUUUGCAUGUUAGUAAUUUUAUUUACUGUUGUGAUAAAAAUGCACCAUUAAAUAGCCCAGUGCAACUUAAUGGUAAUUAUUUCCCACUUCCACACCGCAAACUGCAUACAGCAUUUCUCCAGCUGCAGAGGAAUUAUUUUGUGUUUUCAAACAAGGCCUGUUGCUAGUAGCUGGAUAACGUAACAGAUGAUGAAAAAGCUUGGAGUGCUAAAGCAAAAAACAUACAAAGAUUAAGAUUGAGCUUAAGAAUGCAUAAACAUGGUUCAUGGGAUAAUAGGUUUGACACUGCAAAGCACAGGCAUGUUCAUGAAUGCAAAGUUAGCUGGGUAACGGGGAUCUUUGUCAAACAGUGCUUCUCUGCACAGUUUUCUCACACUCCAAUUAGUUACUCAUCAGUAAAAACUGACCUCACACCUUCAACACAAUUUCAACAGUUUACAGCAUGACUUGAGUUCUUCAAUUAUCCAAUUUUAAAUUACUAAUGUACUCAAACUAUCUGAUUUAAAAAAAAAAAAAAAAAAGUUCUUAACUUUGGCCAAAGAGCAGGUAGUGUGAAGUUGUCACGUUCAUUUAAAACAAAUCAUGAUGGAGCACAGUAGGUUAAUGCUGUUUCUGCAUUAACUGUGGUGUGUAUGCGCUCUACAUUCCUGUACACUUGUCCUCUGCUGCAUCAUCAGCUUGUCAGGCCCAUAUUCAUAUCCUUGAAUAUUAGCUUGGCAAUUAACCUUUUCUUCCCAUUUCAAUACUCCUAUAUUUUUUGUCUAAGCUUCUAUUCACUAUUAAGUGCCAAGAUUUCUAUUGUCCUUUUAUAAAGAUGGUCAAUAUGAGCACUUAAAGAAUUCUCUCCAACACAUGCCUGAUCUAAAUCAUAAGAGUCCCAGGUGUUUGAAUGUGAAACAUUUGACAUAAAACAUUAUGAUUUAUUUAUUUAAUGUAAUUUAUGGAUAUUUUUACCAGCCCUGAUUAAAAGAGAAUCUGGACUUUAUUAUGAAAACACUCUUCACAGAAAGCAUUUUAUAACACAACAUAAAUUCAGUCCAACUCAGGGCUUUUUUUUUAAAUUAAAAAAAGGUUUCAUGAUCUGUGCAGUGACAGUAAUUUAACAGGAAGGCAAAAUGCAAUGGAAACACCCAUAGCCUGGCAUCUAAUGUUAAGUGUGCUGCAGUGCUUUUAGAGAACAUCACAUGAGCUAUGUUAGGUUUUAAAAUGCAGCUUUAAGUAAAUGUCAGAAUCUUUCCUCAUCAUUGUCUAUAAACCAUAGUUGUUGGUAAAAACGUGUAAGAAAUUAUUUUGACCAUUUUAUGAAGGGCUUACGAGUUCUGAAGCUCUUUUGAUGGAUCUUGGGUUGUCACUGAUGUAAAUGCUCAAGUAGGAUACUAAAGGGGUAUUGGAGUAUGAACAUUAACACUAAUGCAUUGGGUGGAAUUUGCACAAAGGUGUAGUUAAAAUCAGCCCUGCAUUGCACUUACUAAAACAGUUUGAUACCUUGUGUAAUUUGUAUAUAAUAGUUGAAGGCAUUUAGACAAUGCAAUAAGACCAUUUUCCUUAAACCUUUUUCCAUUUCCCUAUUGCCAGGCUGUUAAAGACAAGAUUGCUGCAACUAAAAUGUUUUUUAAAGAUCCCAGUUUUCUUUUAGAUUUUUUUCCCAUCAUGUUCCGCAUGUAAAAAAUAAGAUUUUGCCUUUAGAAAUAUUAUUCAGAAUUGAUGAAGUGAAUGUGUUGUAAUAACCUAAACCAUUCAAAAAUUUCCCUUUAUUUAAAAGCGUGAUUAUGACCGUAAAAUUAUUUUCUUUUUGACUACAGUAUACCAUCAAAACAAAAAAAGGGGAAAAAUCAGAUGCUAAACUAAGCAAAUUGAAGGUUUUUUUUUUAAUGGUGCCACAUCCUUUAUUCCUUAGAUUGAGUGCUGCCUAGUAAAUGAUAAACAACGAUUUUAAUGUUAAUGUGAAGCAUUCAAGUAAAAAAAAACACAAAGAACAGCAUAUGAAGGCAUGUGUCUUCCAUUAGCAAUAAAUAAUGAUAAUCAUACAGAAUACAUUUUUUUUCCACACACAGCAAACCAUACAUUUUUACAAAUGUAAUUGUUGUCAGUAUAUUGGAAAAAAGCAGCAAUUAUAUAUGGCAGAUUUAAUUAAUUGAUGAGUUUACAAAAGCAAAUACUAGAUACUGUGGACCUGGUUGUAUGUUGAAAGACUAAAAACAAAUUCUUUUACUCAACAAUGUGGAAUCAACCACUUGCCAUUUGCUAAAUUGUAAUAUUGAUGUCAUAUAAAAUGUAAAAGCGUUUCAUUAUCAAUAUGGUUAGAGCACUGAAGGAAAAAAAGUGAAAAAGGUUAAGAAAAAAAAUCACGCAGGCGUGAUCUUGCUUUUGCCAUGCAUUUUUAAUUGUCUUGUUUGUUGCAUGCCGUAAUGUCUCCUCUUGGAACUUUCAGUGAUGCUUCUUUGAGAUGGCUUGUCAAAUCUUUUCUCACUGUUUAAAAGAGCAAGCACCAAUGGUCAUAUAUGUAUCUUGUAUAAUCUGAAGACAUAAAACUGCAAAAUGAAGGGAUGUUUGUACGUGCAGGUGUUUUAUUAUUGUUCUUAAUCAUGGCCUAACUAACUCCUGUCUUACCACCAUUCUCACCAAAGUGCUUGCUUUAUGAGGGAAUCUGAGUGAAAUCAGGGACUGUUAGUCCUUGAAAUUGUCUUGAGAGAGUUCUUUAAAAACUGAUGUCAAUGUUAACCACCCAGUUUGUUUCUUCUUAUUUUGUCAUGGGUGUGUCUGGCUCUUGUCUGAAGUGAGGUGAUUAUCUUGAGUUUUUAAAAAUUAUUUUUAUAAAUAUAUAUCUAUAUACCUGUGGAUUGUUACUGGAAGAAAAAAAUGAUAACACUAGACAAUAGACGCAGUAUUUAUUUUUCACAAUUUAACAAGCAUUGAGAGAGCAUACAUUUUGCCAGUUAAUUUAUCUGUGUGGUGCAAUUGUACCCUGUCAAAAUAAAUGCCUGUCUUAAAAGGUGA